GUAAAUGGUACAGAUUGAGGGGUUUGACUUGGUUACUUUACAGAUUUGAUACAGAAGCAUCAUCACCAGUCCUGAGGUUAAAAGAUUCCCUGCUACCAUUAGCAAAGCGCUUUUGUUUCAGUCUCCACUUGUGGAAAAUAUAAUGAGGAAGUUGUGCAUUUUCAUCCCCCUGCUGCUUCUCCUUUCUCCUGCGUAUGGGUAUCUGCUGAGGUUUACACUUUACACUGGCUCUGAGAUGACAACCUGGGAAAAUGCACAGGCAUUCUGCAGGGAGCACCACACUGGCCUGGUCACAAUUAGAAAUGAGCAAGAGAAUGGGAUUUUCAGUGGCUAUGGCUGGAUUGGACUAUAUCGCAAGAGCGGAUCAAGUAUAUGGAAAUGGUCCACAGGAGAUGAGCUGGCUAACUACACCAACUGGGACGCUAACGAACCACAGACAGAUACAGACUGUGCAUACAAGUCUUCUGACAAAUGGAGGACCAACCGUUGUGAUGUCAAUCAUUCUUUCAUGUGCUAUGAUGACCUGAUUUUGGUGAAGGAGAAUAAGACAUGGGAGGAGGCAUUAGUACACUGUAGGUCUCUGGAUGGAGGGAACACAGAAGAUCCAGCCUCUUCAUACUGGAACUAUAGCUAUGACCUGGCAACCCUGAUCACUCCAUAUGACCACACGUACGCACGAGAGAAAGUGCAAGAGGCUACCACUGAUGAGGUGUGGACAGGCUUGUGUAACCCAGCUGGUGAGUGGCUGUGGGUGAGUGGAGAACAGAUGCAAUAUAAGAAUAUUCCAAGCUGCCCGACUAACGGCUUCUGUGGCGUCCUGGAGAAAAGAGGCACAACAUCUUUCCAAAUAAAAGACUGCAAACUUCGAAGGAACUUCUUCUGUUACAAAAGGAUUUGAACUCAUUCAGUUCCCACAAGUAGUGAACUUUAAUUUAAAUUUGAGGAAAUUGUACUUGUACCUUGAUUUAACAGGAGUAAAUAUGUUAAUGAAAAAAAGAACUUUUUAGUAGAUCCAUCCAUAACAGGACUAAUCCCUAGCUGAAUACCAUGAAAACGACAUUCAAAUAAUAAUGUAAAUACUGGUUAUUCACAGGGUCAAUUUAUGAGCAAUUUCAUUGAUGUACAACAGAGAAAUACUACUAAAACAUAAUUUCUCUAAAAUUGUCUUUACUCUAUCAUGGAUAUACAGCAUGUGAAAAGAACAUCGGCAUUUAAAUAAAAUGUACUUCAGAAUUCUAAUAAAUAUUACUUUGAGUUAAUAUUUGAUGUUACAAAUGUGCAUGCUGUUCUGGUUUAAUUUUAAGUUCUCUUGUAUUGUUGCCUCAAUUUUUUUCCUUUUCAUUCUUUAGAAAAUUAAGUUUGAUAAUGCAACAUUUGAUCUGUAAGUCUGAAUGCAAUUUCCUAAUUGUUGUGUGAUUGGAGGAUGCAAUGUAAUGCACAUAAAUGCUAGACUACACAUUUAAUAUGAAUAAAAGUUAAAAAUGAA